AUGCCCCCGGUGCUGGGGCUGCUGCUGGGGCUGAGCCUGGUGGGUGCCCUUCAGCCCGACCUCAAUCCCCCCCAGCAUGAGCCCACCGAGCAAGGGGCCACCCUCUUCGCCAGCGCCUACAACAGCACAGCUGAGAUCGUCCUCUUCAAGAGCGUCUCGGCCAGCUGGAAUUACUACACCAACCUGACGGCCGAAAACGCUGCUCUGCAGGUCGAGGCAUCGCUGGAGGAGCAAAAUUUCACGGAGCUGUGGGGGAAGAAAGCCAAGGAGCUCUAUGGCAACAUAUGGAAGAACUUCAGCGACCCAGACCUGAAGAGAAUCAUUGGCUCCAUCCAGACCCUGGGACCCUCCAACCUGCCCCUGGAGAAGAGACAGCAGUACAACACCAUCCUGAGCGAAAUGGACAAAAUCUACUCCACAGCCAAGGUGUGCCUGGCCAAUGAUACCUGCUGGGAGCUGGAGCCAGACAUCUCGGACAUCAUGGCCAACUCCCGCAGCUACAAGAAGCUGCUCUACGCCUGGGAGGGAUGGCACAACGCUGCGGGCAACCCGCUGCGCACCAAGUACGAGGAGUUUGUGAAUCUGAGCAACGAGGCCUACCAUAUGGAUGGAUUCGAGGACACAGGCAGCUACUGGCGCUCCUGGUAUGACUCACCCUCCUUCGAGGAUGACCUGGAGCAUCUCUACAAACAGCUGGAGCCACUCUACCUCAACCUGCACGCCUUCGUCCGGAGGAAGCUGUAUGACCGCUAUGGCCCCAAAUACAUCAACUUGAAGGGUCCCAUCCCUGCUCACCUCCUGGGCAACAUGUGGUCUCAGCAGUGGAACAACAUCUAUGACCUGAUGGUCCCCUAUCCUGAGAAGCCCAACCUUGAUGUCACGAGCACCAUGGUGCAGAAGGGCUGGAACGCCACCCACAUGUUCCGGGUCUCAGAGGAGUUCUUCACCUCCCUGGGGCUGUUGGAGAUGCCCCCCGAAUUUUGGGAGAAGUCCAUGCUGGAGAAACCAACGGAUGGACGGGAGGUGGUGUGUCAUGCCUCAGCCUGGGACUUCUACAACCGCAAGGACUUCAGGAUCAAGCAGUGCACAACAGUGACCAUGGAGCAGCUGUUCACAGUGCACCAUGAGAUGGGCCACGUCCAGUACUACCUGCAGUACAAGGACCAGCCCGUCUCCUUCCGCAGAGGGGCCAACCCUGGCUUCCAUGAGGCCAUUGGCGAUGUCUUGUCCUUGUCUGUCUCCACCCCCAGCCACCUCAAGAAAAUUGGUCUCCUCAGCAGUGCCACCGAGGACAAAGAGAGCAACAUCAACUAUCUGCUGAAGAUGGCCUUGGAGAAGAUCGCCUUCCUGCCCUUCGGCUACCUCAUCGACCAAUGGCGUUGGAACGUGUUCAGUGGCCACACGCCCCCGAACCGUUACAACUACGACUGGUGGUAUCUGAGAACCAAAUACCAGGGUAUCUGUGCUCCGGUUUCGAGGAAUGAAAGCAACUUUGACCCUGGAGCAAAGUACCACAUCCCUGGGAACACCCCAUACAUCAGGUACUUUGUGAGCUUCAUCCUCCAGUUCCAGUUUCACAAGGCAUUGUGCCAAGCGGCCAACCACACCGGUCCCCUGCACACCUGUGACAUCUACAUGUCCAAAGAGGCUGGAGCCAAACUCAGGGAAGUGUUGAAAGCUGGGUGUUCCAAGCCAUGGCAGGAUAUCCUGUUCAACCUCACCGGCACGAAUAGGAUGGACGCUGGGGCCCUCCUGGAGUACUUCAGCCCUGUCACCCAGUGGCUUCAGGAGCAGAACAACAAGACCAAUGAGGUGCUGGGCUGGCCUGAGUUUGACUGGCGUCCCCCUAUCCCUGAAGGCUACCCUGAAGGCAUUGACAAGAUAGCAGAUGAAGCACAAGCUAAAGAGUUCUUGUCCGAGUACAACAGCACGGCUGAGGCAGUGUGGAACGCCUACACUGAGGCAUCCUGGGCCUACAAUACCAACAUCACGGACCACAACAAGGAGAUCAUGUUGGAGAAGAACUUGGCCAUGUCCAAGCACACCCUUGAGUAUGGCAUGAGGGCCAGGCAGUUCGACACCUCCGACUUCCAGGACCAAAGUGUCACACGCAUCCUCAAGAAGCUGAGUGUCAUUGAGAGGGCAGCCCUGCCUGAGAAUGAGCUGAAGGAGUACAACACCCUCCUCUCAGAUAUGGAGACCACGUACAGUGUAGCCAAGGUCUGCAGAGAGAACAAAACCUGUCACCCCCUGGAUCCUGACCUCACAGAUAUCAUGGCCACCUCACGGGACUAUGAUGAGCUCCUCUUUGCCUGGAAGGGCUGGCGGGAUGCUUCUGGGAAGAAGAUCAAGAACAACUACAAGCGAUACGUGGAACUGAGCAACAAGGCAGCUGUGCUCAAUGGUCAGUUGUCUAACAGCUUCUAUUAAAAAAACGAGACACCCACCUUCGAGGAAGAUCUGGAGAGGCUGUACCUGCAGCUGCAGCCCCUGUACUUCAACCUGCAUGCUUACGUACGCCGAGCCCUAUACAAAAAGUAUGGUGCAGAGCACAUAAACCUGAAGGGUCCCAUCCCUGCUCACCUGCUAGGCAACAUGUGGGCCCAAUCAUGGUCCAACAUUUUUGACCUGGUGAUGCCUUUCCCGGAUGCCACCAAGGUGGAUGCCACCCCAGCCAUGAAAAAACAGGGCUGGACACCCAAGAGGAUGUUUCAAGAGUCGGACAAUUUCUUUACCUCUCUGGGCCUCAUCCCCAUGCCGCAGGAGUUCUGGGAGAAGUCCAUGAUCGAAAAGCCAUCAGAUGGGCGCGAGGUGGUGUGUCAUGCCUCGGCCUGGGACUUCUACAACCGCAAGGACUUCAGGAUCAAGCAGUGCACCGUGGUGAACAUGGAUGACCUAAUCACAGUGCACCAUGAGAUGGGCCACGUCCAGUACUUCCUGCAGUACAUGGAUCAGCCCAUCUCAUUCCGUGAUGGGGCCAAUCCUGGCUUCCACGAGGCCAUCGGGGAUGUCAUUGCCUUGUCCGUCUCCACCCCCAAGCACCUGCACCACAUCCAUCUGCUGGACCAAGUCACAAACAACAAAGAAAGUGACAUUAACUACCUGAUGAGCAUCGCUCUGGACAAAAUCGCCUUCCUACCCUUCGGAUACCUCAUGGACCAGUGGCGCUGGAAGGUGUUUGAUGGGAGGAUCAAGGAGGAUGAAUACAACCAGCAGUGGUGGAAUCUCAGGAUGAAGUACCAGGGCUUGUGCCCGCCAGCGCCAAGGUCUGAAGAUGACUUUGACCCCGGGGCAAAGUUUCACAUCCCUGCCAACGUCCCCUACAUCAGGUACUUCGUCAGCUUUGUGAUCCAGUUCCAGUUCCACCAGGCGCUCUGCGCGGCAGCCAACCAUACGGGUCCCCUGCACACGUGUGACAUCUACGAGUCCAAGGAGGCUGGGAAGAUCUUGGGGGAUGCCCUGAAGCUGGGUUUCAGCAAGCCGUGGCCCGAAGCCAUGAAGCUCAUCACAGGGCAGCCCAACAUGUCAGCUGAUGCCCUGAUGAGAUACUUUGAGCCACUCAUGCAAUGGCUGGUGAAGGAGAACGAGAAGAACGGGGAGGUCCUGGGCUGGCCCGAGUACAGCUGGACUCCUUACGCAGACCAAGCCAGCUCCAGCCGAACUGAUUUCCUGGGCAUGUCCCUGACCAGCAGUCAAGCCACAGCAGGCAGCUGGGUCCUGCUUGCCCUGGCACUUAUCUUCGUGAUCACUACCAUCUUCUUGGGCUUCAAGUUCUUCUCAGCCAGGAAAAAGGCCUUCAAAUCCAGCUCAGAAAUGGAACUGAAAUAA